GAUACCAUCUAUACUACAGGCUGACAGGUCGAGAUCAUUCAGCAUUGUCACAUUGACCCAUUUCAUUGCGCGCGCGCUCUUAUUACUCAAUAAAUUCGAUUUCUUUCGUUCUCCUGCCCCACAGCGACGAGUCGACGGCCGAAAUACGCAAUGUCGUCACCAACCCCAGCCUUCUACUAUCGCUGUCUCCUAAUUAGUCUCUUCGCGUACUCCGCAGCUCAGGACAUUGGCGACGAUGUUGAAAGCCAGAACCGAGCUGGAGCAGAAGGCCCCUCCGACGACGGAGUGGGAGUGUCAUCGACGGGAAUGAUCAUCCUCUGCACGAUAGUAGGCGUGGUCGCCGUCAUUGGAAUAUCGUCAGCCGCACUCUUCUUCGUCGCUAAGCGCCGCCAGUGGGCCAUGCGAGAAACCCUGCGUCGAUCUGCACGACACGUCGUCGAUGCCGUCAAGACACCCCUGACGCCGAAGUUCUCGAGAUCGCAGCUCCGCCAGCCGCCGUCGCAGUCGAGUCUAAAUCCCAAGAGGACGGCCACUGACCAAACCAUAAAGAACAAGAGAGGAGACGAUGAUUUGGAGAAGAAUGCGGUAGUGACGGAGAUUGAGGCUUCGGGCAACAACGACUCGAAGCCGAGGACUUGGGGGUCUAUGUUCGCUUUCGGUCGGAAGUGACGGUGCGAUGCUCAAGGUUCUUGGUGCUGACAUUCUUGUUGGGUAUAGGAGGAUGGGUUAGGUAUAGAGGGGUAUGGUGGUACAUAAGGGCUUGGGAGG